UUUUUUCAAGAAAGACAAUUCGACAUUUUCCGACAAGCUAUUUUACGACGAUAAAAAUGUAUUGCACUGUAAAUCCGCUGUGCCAGAUGUGCCAGAUCUGAAAGUAACAUCAUAUAUUGUUCCGAUCUUGAGACAGUCAAUCAUUGGUUGUGUCGAAGAUUGUUUUUUUUCUAAUUGUUAUAUCAUUUAUAACCUUCCAAGUAAUAAUUAUAAUUUUCGAUUUUUCGAUCAGGUUUUAAGAAAAAGUUAAAAUAAAACAACCAAAGUUGUCUUAUAAAACAGACAGUGUUUGACGCAAUGUCGCGAAUUUUUGAGCUUGCUGAAAAUCGUAUUUGUUGGGAUUGAGUGUACUGUCGAUUGGUUAUCGGCGACUUGUACAUUUUUGUGAACGUUCAAUAAGAAACCAACAACGUAAUGGCCGGUCUUGACGAUUACGACCGAGUUUAUCGAGGACGUCCACUGGAUCUGAGAGACCCUAUGAGCUCAACUUUCGAUAUUGCUGGCAGGUAUCAAGAUCGUGAAGUAAUAAGACCUCUGGACAUUCCUCUCAUCCAUCCUCUAGCCAAGGACAGUCCACCGCCUGACGAUGAUUAUGCGGUAAAACGUUACGUAGGUUUGGGCUGUGGACUAGCUAGCCUAAUAACAGAAAACUUAUUGAUUCAUCCAUUCAUUGUACUUCGUAGACAAUGCCAGGUGAAUCCUGGUGCUCAAAAAUAUCAUCUCAUACCAGUGACCUUGAUACCGGUCAUGGUGCGAUUGCAUCAAACUCAGGGUCUCAAUACUCUGUGGAAAGGCAUAGGAUCUGUACUUUUGGUCAGAGGUAUGACCUUGGCCGUUGAGGAUUUCAUCUCCAAAAUAACACCUUGGCCAAAAGAAAUUACACGAAACAGCUCAUUGAGAUCUUUCGGCCAACACAUUCUCCUAAAAUGCGUUUCGAUUGGAAUCGUCACUCCUUUUUAUUCAGCCUCGCUUGUCGAGACUGUCCAGUCUGAAAUUGCAUCGGAAAAGCCGGGCAUUCUUGAUGUUUUUCGUGAUGGUGCAAUCCGCCUGCUGGAAGUAAGCAACAAGGGCCGAUUAAUACCGAUUUACGCUCUUUUGCCUCCGUCAAUCGCUUAUGGCGUAGCUAAAUACCUUUUUGCACUCAUCGUCAGAGGAGUUACUAGCAGAAUUAUGCACAUUCGACGAAGACACUGUGAAGAGUUACGGGGUGCAUGCAGUCGAGAGGUAGUAUCCGAAGCGAUAUCUCAAGACAUAGAGCUUCAAUCGAUCCUCGUGUCGAUAUGUGCAGCGGACGUUGUUUUUUACCCGCUAGAAACGGUCGUACACAGACUCCAUUUGCAAGGGACACGAACGAUAAUAGAUAAUCUGGAUACUGGUCGUAGCGUAACGCCGCUGCUAACGGGCUACAGCGGUGCUGUAGACUGUUAUAGAACGAUUAUUUCGACUGAAGGUCCGUUGGGUCUUUACAAAGGAUUCGGUGCUCUCGUUUUGCAAUUCGCCGUUCACAUCCUCGUUCUUAAAGCGACCAAAUGGAUACUGACCGAAGUUGGCAGCGUCCUCAAAUCGAAGCCCAAAAAUGAUAGACACACGCAUAACACUUAUUACACCGAAGCUUGAAAUUCAUAAAUUUCCUUCCGACGGAAGAAAUUAAACAUACAAAAACGUCAAAUGGAAUAUACUUUAAAUGAUACCUCGUGUCGAUUACUCGAAACUUCCUAUGAAUUAGUCGACUAGUCAAAAUAUAUAUCUCCUCGUUCUUUUUUAAAGGAAAAGGGAUUUUUUUUUUCAUUUUUGAAUUUUUAGUAAAAUAUAUAUUGCAAAUAAUUUAAAAAGAUGGAAAACUCAAAGGUUGAAAAUUAACAUCCCAAUCAACGGAUAAUCGAAUUCGUUCAAUGAGAUAAAAUUCAAAUGAUGUCUAGGUCUUCAAAUUUUUGGAUAAUGUUGAAUUCGCAAGCGAAAUUGUUUGGCAUCUUUUCUGGGUAGUGAAUAUUGAUCUUUUGUUAAAUCGGUUAUCAACACCGUGGAGAGUCUUUACUCUCGAUGGAUCGAAAUGUACAUAAUAACUCCUAUCGACACGAUGAUUUAUUAUUCGAUCGGACACAGAGAUUGUAGUGUGUACAGGAAAAAAAAAAUAUUUGUAAUAAAAUUGCGAGAUGAAAAAAAAUAUUGAGCGCACAUUCAUUACAUUUCGAGAAAUGACUUUUUAAUACUAAACAAAUGUGUUUAUGAUGCUUCAUAAAAUUUUAAGAAUGCUGUAGCAAUUAUUUCAUUUGAUAAAUCCUAACCAGGAUUGUGAAUAUUGUAGUUUUUCGAAAUUUUGAUUUUUUUUUACCAAUCGCGACAAAUUCAGGACUUUGUCGCAUUUGACUCUGUUUUAUUUUCAUUUAUUAUAAAUAUACGAUCGUACACUGUAAAUUAACUAUUAAUAAUAACUUCGUGAAACUCGUCGAUAUUCAAUAUCAGAGAUUCCCGUGGUUUCACAUUUUUGCUCCACUCAUUACCUCCCUUGAGGAUUACUUUUUUAAAAUUCAUAACUAAAAAUUUUAUUCCAUCAAUAUUCAGUAUAGUUAAAUACGACAAAAGUCUGUUUUGAACUUACAUUAGUGCAGGAAUUUUAGGCAUUAUCAUUGAUUGGAAUCUUGAAUGUUUGCAAUGUAAUCAUAUUUGUUUUAUUGCAUUAAUAAAUUUCGUCGAGAUUUUUGUCAAAUAACAAUAAAAAUUCUGAUUGAAUAAAAUUUCCGUAUAUGAA